GUUUGAACAGCGUCAAAUUCGAUUAGCACAGACUUCCUUCCUGAUUUGUGACGAUAUCAUGUCCCCUGUGCUUCCCCUCUCUUGUGUUCAAAAACAUGAAGCAAUAAUCACAGCUGGCAUGAGUACAAGAGUGAGGAAGGAAAGAGGAGAGAAGGAAGACAGACGUGGAGACAUGAAUGGACGGACGGUCAGAUAGACAGACAGACAGACGACGGACAGACAAAACAUUUACAAAAUAGCUAACAAAUGCACUUCCUGUGGAUUAGCCUCUGAGAAGAUCAAUGGUAAAACGAGGAUAACUCCACAAGUGAACCAGCUCAUAAAGUAGUGAGGACUGCUAAUCCCAAAGUUCCAGAAACCACCGAUUCUUCAGUUCCCUCUCAAAAUGGCGUCAGACCUCUCCAUCUCCACUGCCUCCCCCCAGCUCCCCUCCAUGUCUCCUCUCGCCUCCUCUUCCUCUCCUCUCUCUAUAUCACACCAGAUCGGCAUCUCUAUCCUGGUCCUAGCAUUCGUCUUCGGUUUCCCCGGCAACCUGUUUGUUGUGUGGUCGGUGCUGUGCCGUGUGAGGCAUCGGUCGGUUACCUGCCUGCUGGUCUUAAACCUCGCUGUGGCCGACGCAUUGGUGUUGCUAAGCGCCCCGCUUUUCCUGCGCUUCCUAGCAGGCAGGCGAGGCUGGGAGUUCGGGGCGGCGGCCUGUAAGACGGUGCACUACCUGUGCUGUGUUAACAUGAACGUGUCCAUCUACCUGAUCUGCCUGAUGAGCAUGGAUCGCUGGCUGGCCGUGGCAAGGCCCUUCCUGGCUCAGAGGAUGAGGACCAAGAAAACCCUGAUGGCUGUUCUACUGGGGAUCUGGGUGCUGGCGUUCGUCUUGGCACUGCCCAUGGCCUUCUACCGCAGUAACCUGAAGCUGCACAUGAACAGCUCCGUGACCGUCUGCAUAUCGUAUCAUUGGGGCAGUGUGGGUCACCAGGUGUUCCAGUACCUGUUUGAGACCGUCCUGGGCUUCUUCCUCCCCUUCAUCUUCAUCAUUGUCUGCUACACCUUUGUCAUCUGCGGACUACGCAGGGCCAUGUUCCAGCACAAGGGACGGGGAAACCGUCUCAUCCUCCUCAUCAUCGGUGCUUUCGCUCUGUUCUGGCUGCCCUACCACCUGGUCAACAUUUUACAGGUGAUUGGUCUGCUGGGUGGUAACGACACUCUGUUGAAAGUGGCCAAGGCGGCCCGUCCCAACGUCACAGCGUUUGCUUUCCUGAGCAGCAGUGUGAACCCUGUGCUGUAUGUGUUCGCCGGCAGCUCCCACAUCCGCCAGGCCGGCCUCAGCUUCAUGGCCAAGCUCUUUGAGGGCACCAACUCUGAGGGAGGGACCUCUGCCUCCUUUACCCGCAGUUCAAAGUCCAGCCGGAGUGGUUCCUCAGCCCCACUGUCACUCAAGCUGGGGUGGUCGGGGAAGGAGAAGGAGAGGGGUGGGAAUAGUGUGACGGAGCUGCGGGGAGUUGAGGUCAAGGCCAAGUCCAAGCCGGAGCUCAAGACUUUGACCUCCAGUGAUCAGUUGGAGUAGUGUUACUUUUUGUGGCCUAGUGUACUAGUCAUAGGUUAACCGUAUUUAAUGUAUUUCACAGAUCUUUGCUACAAUUUGUGGUUUAUAGCGAGUGUUUGUGGUUGCCUCCAUGCAAUUUCGGAAUAAAAAUAUUAUAAAAUGUCCUUAAUAAAGUUUUAACCUGUUGACAAAUCGAGUAGUAUAGCGAUUUCUUAAAGGAAGGGGAAGGAAUUGUUCUAGAGACUUACAUGCAACCUAUAGAGGAGAGUGGGGUAAGUUGAGCCAAAGGGGGACAUUUAUCCACCCUUGUUUCUAGGAAACCAUACACAAAAUUAAUAAUUUGACCCAAUAUUUAGAAAGAGGAAGAAACCACAUGGAAAAAGUGGUAUGCAAUUUAGGUCCAAAACACAGAUUUUCACCAAGUCAAAUUAAUUUAUUGUGUUAGAGGUUUCAUGAUGCUUGUAUCUAAACCAAAGUAGAGAAUUUUAAGAUUGUUCUAUACAUCAGUUAUGGUCUCUAUAAGCUUUAAUAUAAGGUCUUAAACCUAGCAUGAAAGUGCAUCCUUGUUGCUGUGUGGGCUAAGAUAGUCCAAAUGUUUGCCUUGGGGUAAGUUGAGCCAACGGUUGAGCCAAUGGAAAGUUGAGCAAAUUAAAGUGUUUUCUUCUCAUGCGUAAUGCAAGGCAUUAUCGCUAGCAUAUGAUGUAACAACAGGGCCUGGCCUAUGUUAAAAGUGUUUUAAAAAGUACAAAAGUGUUUGUUAGGCGUUUAGCCUGUGUUAAAAGAUGCUUAAAUGAUUAAAAGAGAAAAAAGUGAUUGUAAUUGUGUUGAUAUGUGUUUGUGAAAUAAAGAAAGACAUGGUUUUA